GUGACCUCAGGAGCCAGUGCGCUUCUGAAGCAGCGGUGGAGACGCUGAAAGCAAAAGGAAACACGGCGGUGUUGAAGCUGAACGGCCGAUCGACAGUCCAUUUAAAUUUAAACUCUUGACUGAACCAGUGUAGUUUUCCAUAAUGUUCUCACUCGGGGAAACAAUGGAGUUUCUCAUAGGAAACCCCUUUUCAAGCCCCGUAGGUCAGAGAAUCGAGCGAGCGACCAACGGCUCUCUACAGUCGGAGGACUGGGGGCUCAACAUGGAGAUAUGCGACAUAAUCAACGAGACGGACGAGGGGCCCAAAGAUGCGGUCAAAGCUAUUAAGAAGAGAAUAGUAGGAAACAGGAACUUCAGAGAGAUUAUGUUGGCUCUCACUGUUCUCGAGGCCUGCGUGAAGAACUGUGGCCACCGCUUCCAUGUCCUGGUUGCCUCACAGGACUUUGUAGAAGGGGUUUUGGUUCGUUCCAUUCUACCUAAAAACAAUCCUCCCACUGUCCUCCAUGAUAGAGUCCUUAGCCUCAUACAGUCAUGGGCUGAUGCAUUUCGCAGCUCCCCCUCCCUGUCGGGGGUGGUGUGUGUAUACGAUGAUCUGAGGAGGCGAGGUCUGGAGUUCCCCAUGACAGACCUCGAUGCUUUGUCGCCCAUUCACACUCCAAACAGGAGCAUCCCAGAAAAUGGGACUUCGGAGACGGCCCCUGCUAACGCACAGCAGUCCCAGCCACAAGCUCCUUCCAGAGCGCCGAGCCAGAAUCACUCUCCUCCAGUGCAGCCCAGCGAAGGACCAGUCUCACUCUCUGCAGAACAGGAACAGAAGCUGAGAAAUGAGCUGGCACUGGUGAAGGGGAACCUCACAGUGAUGUCUGAAAUGCUGAAUGAGAUAACACCUGGACAGAGCCAGCCAGACGACACAGAGCUGCUACAGCAGCUCUUCUCGACGUGUAAGAGCAUGCAGACUCGAGUGGUGGAGCUCAUCCCACAGCUGCAGGAGGAGGGCUUCAUUGAAGAGCUGCUUGUGGUCAACGAUGACCUCAACAACGCCUUCAUCCGCUAUGAGAGAUUCGACCGGCUGAACAAGGCACAAAUCACAAACACACAACAGAGCUCAACUACAAACUCGAGCCUCGCUGACCUCAACCCAGAGCCUUCGACCGUCAGACAACCUGCCGUCAUCACGACAUCCAGCCAGUCAACACACACCACCACCAGUGCCAAUCAGCAACACUCAGCAAAUCAAACAGAAGAAGAAGAGGAGUUUGACAUGUUUGCCCAAACCAGAGGCAGCUCCCUGGCUGAUCAGAGGAAAAGUGUCAAGUAUGAGGACCCUGGAGCUGUCGAAGGCCUCGCGGGGGCUCUGGACACAAGGUUGCAGGUCACAGCAGGGACGGCAGCAGCGAAAAACUCUCCGCAAAACGACAUUGACAAGUGGUUAACUUGUGAUCUGCCUGAAGAACAGUCUUCGGUUUGUGAGGGAGUGUCCAGCGAAGAGUUUGAUAAGUUUCUGGAGGAUCGUGCGAAGGCGGCAGACAACAACAGCAGCCAGAAGAUUUGCAAUGUGCCCUCCUCCACGCCCAGACAUCCGCCGCCGCCGCAGUCUACGCGGAAAGAGGACAAGUCACAUGACCAGCUUUUUUCACUUUGAGUGUGGGAACAAACAAUAGGAACGGGUGGAGGUCGUUAUGAUCUUAUCAUCUUAUGAAAUAUAGCUACAAACACACACACACACUGAUCCCAGUCAGGUUAAAACCUGACACUACAGAACUGCUGCAUUAUCAAUCAUUUCCAUGCUUUAUGUGACUGUAUUUAAGAGGUGUCUUAUUAUUACGAUAUUGAUGUAGACAGAAUUAAGAUACGAACAAGUGAACAAAUAUGUUUGAUAUUACGCUGUCAUGUGCCUUUUGACCCAAAGAGCUGAUUUUGUGUAGAUGAGAAUAAAUGGGGCAUCAUCCCUUAAACACA